UGACAAGGUCGUGACUCCCUGGCCCAGCCAGGACUCCCUGGGGGAAAGAAUAGGGCCUGGUCACCUGCCCUAACCCUAGGAGCCGGAGCACACCCUGUGAGGACGGAAGGAGGAGGAAGCCAUAAGAGGCCACACCACGGUCCAAGACCCCCGGCUGGGUGGCAGAGCCAUCCCCAUGGCUGAGUUCCUGCCCUUGCUGCCUUGUGCACCCCUGCUGACCCAGGAUGUCUGUGCCCAGGACUCACAGGUGCCCCCAGCCAAGGGGCCGAGCCAGGAGGCACAGGGUGGCAGGGUCCAGGGCCCGGCCCCUAAGCGCUGGAAGCUCCUGGAGGUGCCCACUAUUCAGAUAACACCAGCCAGCGAUGGGGAGUCACCCCCUUGCACUCCACCCCCGCAGUGCCUGCAGCUGCCGAGGACCCCAGACCCGGAGAGUUCGCCCCAGGACAGCACAACCCCCCACUCUGGCCGGAGCACACCAAGCAGCUCUCCAUCCCUCCGUAAGCGCCUACAGCUCUUGCCCGCAAGCCGACCCCCGCCUGAGCCGGAGCUGGGCACCAUGGUGGAGAAGGGGUCGGAUAGCUCCUCAGAGAAGGGUGGGGUGCCUGGGACACCCAGCACCCAGAGCCUGGGCAGCCGGAACUUCAUCCGCAACAGCAAGAAGAUGCAAAGCUGGUACAGUAUGCUGAGCCCCACGUACAAACAGCGAAAUGAGGACUUCCGGAAACUGUUCAGCAAACUCCCUGAAGCAGAACGCCUCAUUGUGGAUUACUCCUGUGCCUUGCAGCGCGAGAUCCUCCUCCAGGGCCGCCUUUAUCUCUCCGAGAACUGGAUCUGCUUCUACAGCAACAUCUUCCGCUGGGAGACAACCAUCUCCAUCCAGUUGAAGGAAGUCACGUGUCUGAAGAAGGAAAAGACGGCCAAGCUGAUUCCCAAUGCCAUCCAGAUCUGCACGGAGAACGAGAAGCAUUUCUUCACCUCCUUUGGGGCCCGAGAUCGCUGCUUCCUCCUCAUCUUCCGCCUCUGGCAGAACGCGCUGCUUGAAAAGACGCUGAGUCCGCGCGAGCUCUGGCACCUGGUGCAUCAGUGCUACGGCUCAGAGCUGGGUCUUACCAGCGAGGACGAGGACUAUGUCUGCCCCUUGCAGCUGAAUGGCCUAGGGAGCCCCAAGGAUGUGGGCGAUGUAAUCGCCCUGAGCGACAUCACCCCCUCGGGGGCAGCUGACCACAGCCAGGAGCCGAGCCCCGCAGGUUCACGCCGUGGCCGCAUCACCCCCAACCUGUCCCGGGCCAGCAGUGAUGCAGACCAUGGGGCAGAGGAGGACAAGGAGGAGCAGACAGACAGUCAGCCAGACGCCUCCUCCAGCCAGACAGUGACCCCGGUGGCUGAACCCCUGAGCGCAGAGCCCACCCCACCUGACGGGCCCACCUCCCUGGGUCCCUUGGAUCUGCUGCCCAGUGAGGAACUGUUGACAGACACGAGUAACUCCUCCUCGUCCACGGGGGAGGAAGCCGACCUGGCGGCCCUGCUGCCUGACCUCUCCGGCCGUCUCCUCAUCAACUCCGUCUUCCACGUGGGUGCCGAGCGGCUCCAGCAGAUGCUCUUCUCAGACUCGCCCUUCCUGCAGGACUUCCUGCAGCAGUGCAAGUUCACAGAUGUGACCUUGAGCCCCUGGAGCGGGGACAGCAAGUGCCACCAGCGCCGAGUGCUGACCUACACCAUUCCCAUCAGCAACCCGCUGGGGCCCAAGAGCGCCUCUGUGGUGGAGACACAGACGCUGUUCCGGCGCGGCCCCCAGGCGGGAGGGUGUGUGGUGGACUCCGAGGUGCUGACGCAGGGCAUCCCUUACCAAGACUACUUCUACACUGCCCACCGCUACUGCAUCCUGGGCCUCGCCCGGAACAAGGCCCGCCUCCGAGUGUCCUCUGAGAUCCGCUACCGGAAGCAGCCCUGGAGCCUCGUGAAGUCCCUCAUUGAGAAGAACUCGUGGAGCGGCAUCGAGGAUUACUUCCACCACCUGGAGCGAGAGCUCGCCAAGGCCGAGAAGCUGUCUCUGGAGGAAGGCGGGAAGGACGCACGGGGCUUGCUGUCCGGCCUGCGCCGGCGGAAGCGGCCUCUGAGCUGGAGGGCUCACGGUGAUGGGACCCCGCACCCGGACCCUGACCCCUGUGCCCGGACUGGCAUGCACACCUCGGGCUCCCUCACCUCCCGCUUCUCAGAACCGUCUGUGGACCAGGGCCCCGGGGCGGGCACCCCCAGCGCCCUGGUUCUCAUCAGCAUUGUGAUCUGUGUGAGCCUCAUCGUCCUCAUUGCCCUCAACGUCCUUCUCUUUUACCGCCUCUGGUCCCUGGAGAGGACAGCUCACACUUUUGAGUCCUGGCACAGUCUGGCCCUGGCCAAGGGUAAGUUCCCCCAGACGGCCACGGAGUGGGCGGAGAUCCUGGCCCUGCAGAAGCAGUUCCACAGCGUCGAGGUGCACAAGUGGAGGCAGAUCCUGCGGGCUUCCGUGGAGCUCCUGGACGAGAUGAAGUUCUCACUGGAGAAGCUACAUCAAGGCAUCACCGUCUCAGACCCUCCCUUCGACUCCCAGCCACAGCCUGACGACAGCUUCUCCUGAGGACACACGGCCAUCCUCCUAAAUGGACAGAUAGACACAGAGGCUCGGUAGCCACUGCUGGCACAGUGUGAGCACCGGGAGCCUCCCGCCCACUCCUCUCGGUGGCCUGGCCCGGGGCCACACAGACACGGGGACCACAGAACCGAGAUGCACUUUAGACCAGCGUGUGCGAGUCCAGCUGCCGUCACCUGCCCUGCCAGGGAGCUGGCCCAGCCUUUGGCAGGCCCCCCACUAACUUAUUGUGCCCGUCUGGGGUUGUGGGGGUCCCUCCUGGGGUGCACGAUUCCCUCAGCUCUGGGUUUAAUGUAUUAUAUUUAUUUGGGGCUGACAGAGUCCCAAUAAAAGGUUGGAAAUGAC